AUGAGUCCGUCACAAGAUGGACCGGAACCAGAACCAGAACCAGCGACGACCUCAUCAGACCCCGACGCCGACACGGGCACAGGCUUUACUUUCCAUCUCCAACGAUCUGUCAGAGCAGUACUCAACGAACUCGGCCUGGUGACGCUGUACGCGGCGCCCGUCGAUUCCAAGAUCCUGAUCCUCCAGCGGUUCGUGCGGCUGUUCGCAUACGGCGGGUCGACGUUGAUUCUGGCAUCCUACCUGUCCGACCUGGGCAUCUCGGACACGCGGAUCGGAUUGUUCAUGACGCUCACGCUGAUCGGGGACGUGGUCAUCAGCUUUCUUCUGACGCUGGUCGCGGACAGUCUGGGCCGACGAUGGAUCUUGGUUCUGGGCGCCGCACUGAUGAGUGCGAGCGGUGUGGUGUUUGGGGUGUUUGGGAACUACUGGAUUCUUUUGGCCGGAGCGAUUUUCGGGGUGAUUAGUCCCAGUGGCAACGAAAUAGGGCCAUUCCGCGCAAUCGAAGAAUCGACAUUGGCUCAUCUCACAGCCAGCCAUCACCGAAGCGAUAUCUACGCCUGGUAUUCCCUGAUUGGGACGGCGGGGUCUGCAUUGGGGUUUGUCUGCUGCGGCUGGAUCAUCACGCUCUUGCAACAUCAGAAACACUGGUCGGCGGUAAAGGCGUAUCGGUUGAUCUUCUUCAUCUAUGCAGUUGUCGGGCUUGUCAAGCUCGGGCUGGCUCUGCUGCUGAGUAGGGAAUGUGAGGUCGACUUUACCGGUCAGCCUAAGACGUCGGCGGCCACCGAGACGGCGCCACUGCUGGGGAAUAAUGCACCGUCGUCGCCUGGAGAUGGAGGUGGAGAUGAAGAUGACAAUGACAAUGACACAGACGCAAAGAAUCACCUGAAAAAGCAAUGGCGACUACUGCCCAACAUCAGCAAGGAGAGUAGAGGCAUCUUGCUGCAGCUGUGUGUGUUGUUUACCCUGGACAGUUUCGGGUCCGGACUGGCUUCGCUAUCAUGGGUCACCUAUUUCUUCAAGCGCAAGUUCGACCUGCCCGAGGGGAAACUAGGAUCGAUCUUCUCAGUGACGAAUGUCAUCUCUGCUCUUUCCAUGCUCGUGGCAUCGUCCCUGGCCAAAAGAAUCGGGAAUGUCAAGACAAUGGUCUUCACCCAUCUUCCCUCCGCCAUCUGUCUCGCCUUGAUUCCCAUCCCCUCGACGCUCGAAGGGGCGCUCGUAUUUCUCGUCGGCCGAGCAUGCACGCAGGUCAUGGAUGUCGCGCCUCGCUCGGCGUUUCUGGCGGCGAUCGUCUUACCGCAUGAACGCACCGCCGUCAUGGGCACGGUCAAUGUGGUCAAGACGUGUGCGCAGAGUCUGGGCCCCCUCAUCACCGGUGUGCUCGGGGCGAGGAAUCACUUCUGGGUGGCCUUUGUGGCGGCGGGCUCUUUGAAGGCGACCUAUGACUUGGGCCUGCUUGCCGUCUUUGCGGAGAGGAAGAAUCAGGAAGAAAGGCUUGUGGAGGGAGGGGAUGAAGAACAAGGACAGAGAUGA